UUCCCACAGACGUCUAUAAAUGUGUCUGUGGUGAUUUCAGCAGCAGCACUGAUCAUCAGAUCAUCAGCCAGCAUCAGCUUCCAGGAGGACUGGUCUCCAAUCACCAGCUGAGCACCAUGAAGAAGCAGAUCCUCUUUGUGACUCUGGUCUGGGCUCUCUGCAGUACAGGUCCAGCAGCAACUCAAACCGUAACCACUGCUCAAACCACAAGAACGACCACUGCAACUCCAGCAGCAGCUCAAACCACAAGAACGACCACUGCAACUCCAGCAGCAGCUCAAACCACAAGAACGACCACUCCAACUCCAGCAGCAGCUCAAACCACAAGAACGACCACUCCAACUCCAGCAGCAGCUCAAACAACUGCAACCGCUGCUCCAAACACAACCACAACUGCUGAUGGAACCACAGGAACAACCACAACCGUUGCUUCAACCUUGACCACCUUUUCUACUACCACUCAGCCACCAGUUAAUCCUCCUCAAACAACACCAACAAAUGUUGGCAAUCCAGCUGCUUUUUAUAAACGGACUCCAUGCUUCAACCCAAAAAAUCGUUUGCUUGUCCAGCAACAGGAGCAGUUGUUUGCAGAGCAACAACUGCUGACCCGACAGCAGCAGUUGCUCUCCCAACAGGAACAAGUGCUGAUCCAACUAGAGCAACAGUUGUUUGGACAGCUACAACUCCUGGUUGAGCAACUACAACAACAGUUAUUUGCACAGCGUGACCUGCCGUUCCAGCAACAGCUGCAGUGCUACGAACAACAAAAUGGCCUGUUCCAGCAACAGCAAGAGUUGUUUAUACAGCAACAACUCCUGGUCGAGCAGCAGCAGCUGUUGGCCGUACAGCAGCAACUGGUGGCCCAGCAACAGGAACAGGUGUCUGCACAGCAACAAAUGCUGUACCAGCAGCACCAGGCCUUCUGCAACCGACCAGUUCGACCAUUCUAACAGUACUUUGAAAGUACAGGUAGUCACAAACGUAGAUUUGCUGGUUUUCAUUCUUUGUAAUGAUCUUUUCUGAAUUUGCAAUCUAGUUUCUGAAUAAAAAAAGUCUUUGGG